CGCGCGUAUGUCCGCGCGUGUCCGCGUGUGGGUCCGUGUGCGCGUCCGGGUCCCGCGGCGGCGGCGGCGGUGGCGGCGGCGGCGUCGGCGGCUGCAGGACGAGCCGAGAGGCUCAGCCAUAUUUGAUGGUUUUGUUGCUUUGCUCGGGAGUUCUCGGGAGUAAUUUAAUGCCGAAGGUCGCUGCCUAGUGGAAAUAAUAUAGUACGUCAUUAAUAUGGCGCCAAAAGAUUGGGUUCUCGAUAUGUAGCGAGGAGGGAGGGAGGCAGCCGCCGAGCGCAGCGUUACUAUCCCACCAGUAACUUGGGCAUUGCCGGGGCGGGGGCCAGAGGAGGAGGAGGAGAGGAUGAUUUUUGGAUCCUGAGAAUUGAUCUAUGUUGGAUCAGCUGCCUGCUGUUUCCCGGGGAGAUCAUGAAACGAGGUCGCCUUCCCAGCAGCAGUGAGGAUUCUGACGACAAUGGCAGCUUGUCAACUACGUGGUCCCAGAAUUCCCGAUCCCAGCACAGGAGAAGUUCCUGCUCCAGGCAUGAAGAUCGAAAGCCUUCGGAGGUGUUUAGGACAGACCUGAUCACCGCCAUGAAGCUGCAUGACUCCUACCAGCUGAACCCGGAUGAGUACUAUGUGCUGGCAGAUCCCUGGAGACAGGAGUGGGAGAAAGGGGUCCAGGUGCCAGUGAGCCCAGGGACCAUCCCCCAGCCCGUGGCCAGGGUCGUGUCUGAAGAGAAAUCCCUCAUGUUCAUUAGGCCCAAGAAGUACAUCGUCUCGUCAGGCUCUGAGCCUUCAGAGUUGGGCUAUGUCGAUAUUCGGACGCUGGCCGACAGCGUGUGUCGAUAUGACCUCAAUGACAUGGAUGCUGCGUGGCUGGAGCUGACGAAUGAGGAAUUUAAGGAGAUGGGAAUGCCUGAACUGGAUGAAUACACCAUGGAAAGGGUCCUGGAGGAAUUUGAACAGCGCUGCUACGACAAUAUGAAUCACGCUAUAGAGACCGAAGAAGGACUGGGGAUUGAAUAUGAUGAAGAUGUUGUCUGUGAUGUCUGCCAGUCACCUGAUGGUGAGGACGGCAAUGAGAUGGUGUUCUGUGACAAAUGCAACAUCUGUGUGCACCAGGCCUGUUAUGGAAUCCUCAAGGUACCAGAGGGCAGUUGGCUGUGCCGGACAUGUGCCUUGGGGGUUCAGCCAAAAUGUUUGCUGUGUCCCAAGAAGGGUGGAGCUAUGAAGCCCACCCGCAGCGGAACCAAGUGGGUCCACGUCAGCUGUGCCCUGUGGAUCCCUGAGGUGAGCAUCGGCAGCCCUGAGAAGAUGGAGCCCAUCACAAAGGUGUCCCACAUCCCCAGUAGUCGGUGGGCGCUGGUAUGCAGCCUCUGCAACGAGAAGUUUGGGGCCUCCAUACAGUGCUCUGUGAAGAACUGCCGCACGGCCUUCCACGUGACUUGUGCUUUUGACCAGGGCCUGGAGAUGAAGACCAUCCUGGCGGAGAACGAUGAAGUUAAGUUCAAGUCCUACUGCCCGAAGCACAGCUCACACAGGAAGCCUGAGGAGAGCCUCGGCGAGGGGGGCACACAGGAGAAUGGGGCCCCUGAGUGUUCCCCCCGGAAUCCCCUGGAGCCCUUUGCCAGCCUUGAGCAGAAUCGGGAGGAGGCCCACCGGGUGAGUGUCCGUAAGCAGAAGCUGCAACAGCUGGAGGACGAGUUCUACACCUUCGUCAACCUGCUGGAUGUUGCCAGGGCCCUGCGGCUGCCCGAGGAAGUAGUGGAUUUCCUGUACCAGUACUGGAAGUUGAAGAGGAAGGUCAACUUCAACAAGCCCCUGAUCACCCCAAAGAAAGAUGAAGAGGACAAUCUAGCCAAGCGGGAGCAGGAUGUCUUGUUUAGGAGGCUGCAGCUGUUCACACACCUGCGGCAGGACCUGGAGAGGGUUCGGAACCUCACUUACAUGGUGACCCGCAGGGAAAAGAUUAAACGAUCUGUGUGCAAAGUCCAGGAACAGAUAUUCAAUCUUUACACUAAGCUCUUGGAGCAAGAAAGAGUUUCAGGUGUGCCUUCUUCUUCCUGCUCCUCCUCCUCACUGGAAAACAUGCUUUUGUUUAACAGUCCUUCUGUGGGCCCUGACGCUCCCAAGAUAGAGGACUUGAAGUGGCAUUCUGCGUUCUUCAGGAAACAAAUGGGUACUUCCUUGGUUCAUUCACUGAAAAAGCCCCAUAAGCGAGAUCCAUUGCAGAAUAGCUGUGGAAGUGAAGGCAAAACCCUGCCAAAGCAGCCAGACCUGUGUGGUAGAAGGGAGGGGAUGGUGGUCCCGGAGAGCCUGCUGAGUUUGGAAAAGACAUUUGCAGAAGCACGUCUCAUAUCAGCACAACAGAAAAAUGGCGUGGUGAUGCCAGACCAUGGGAAAAGAAGAGACAAUCGUUUUCAUUGUGAUCUCAUUAAAGGAGACUUAAAGGACAAACCUUUUAAACAGAGUCACAAGCCUCUCAGGUCUACAGACGUGUCCCAGAGGCAUCUGGACAACACAAGAGCUGCCACCUCCCCUGGAGUGGGGCAGUCAGCACCCGGCACAAGGAAGGAGUUAGUGCCCAAGUGCAAUGGCUCCUUAAUCAAAGUAAACUAUAAUCAGACUGCAGUCAAAGUGCCUACAACACCUGCCAGCCCGGUGAAAAACUGGGGAGGAUUCCGGAUUCCAAAGAAGGGGGAACGGCAGCAGCAGGGAGAGGCCCAUGAGGGGGCCUGCCACCAGCACUCAGACUACCCCUAUUUGGGCCUAGGCCGAGUUCCAGCCAAGGAAAGGGCAAAAAGCAAAUUAAAAUCCGACAAUGAGAAUGACGGGUAUGUCCCUGACGUGGAAAUGAGUGACUCAGAGAGUGAGGCAUCAGAAAAGAAGUGUAUACAUGCCAGCAGCACUAUCAGCAGGAGGACAGACAUCAUCAGGAGAAGCAUCUUGGCCUCUUGAUGACACAGGUGGCGUGGGAAGCCCUGUGGGCUCGUCACUGGGUGUGCUAGAGGAGAGCUCUGAUGUGGGGGACAAGCGGAAACCCAUUACUCCUGAGCUACACAGACACAUUUACUUGCAAUUCAGAUUGAAUUUUUUUUUCCAGAGUCACUUAUAAAUCAUUGUUGUGAAAAGUUUGUGUUAUUUGCAACUUGUUGAGGAAACAAAAGAGUAGACUGUCACCGUAAGACACUGCUAAGACUAGAACCUGAACUAAACACUAAAAUGAGAAUGAAUUAAGUAAGUUUCAAAGAGGGCAAGGCUUAAAUAAGCCUCAUGAGUUUUUACUGCCUUCUGUAUUCUUCCCAAAGCACAAACUCAUGGUUACCUGAAUAUACGGAAUCAGAUAUGGUUCUUGAGAAACCCUCACAUACGAUUUAUAGCCCAUAAAGCUUAUUUUCUAGGUCUAUGGUAGAUCUUGAAAUCAUAUUUCUAUUUUGGCUCACAAGGCUGUUUUUAUUGCAUUAUAGUAUACAGGCAGCAGCUCUGUAGCUUCAGGAACACUAGGGAAUUCAUGUGUAAAUACAGCAGUAGGGGAAGAGAGCAUUUUAGAAAAGGUCACUACUGGAGGAGCGGAGGGGACAGGGUAGAGCUGCUGCAGCGGGGAGAUGUAGGGUAAACGUAGCAAGGUCCUGCUGCCUGAAGCCUGUGAGUGGGUUGUGGAUAUAGGACCGGGGAAGAGUGAAGCCUUUAGGAAAGUUCUAUCUAAGAAAGGGCAGUUGAGGUACAAAUUUUACCAGUCCUCUUGACCUUCCUCUUCCCUAACCACUGGCUCUUGGGCCAGCUUGAGAUUUCCCUGGCCAUUGCCAACACCUGGCCAUCUGGCUUCCAACAGUACAAUGGCUAUUCAAGUUCAAGCGAUGAACUUCCAGACUCUGGGGACUCAUACUUCCCAGAGCCAACCACUAGUGCAUAUGUCGGGGAAUCCGGGCUUCCAACAUGAGCGGAUUCCUUAAGAAAAAGGAAAAAAGAAAAAAAAGAAAAAAAAG